AUGCCGACGAGCUGUCAGGCGAAGCCGGCCGGCCGGCGGCGGCAGCGGCGGUGGCAGCGUGCGCGCGGCGUCCGGCUGGGCCUGCUGCUCCGGCUCCGGGUGAGGCUGUCCGGGCUCCUCGGCCUGCUCGUCAGGAGCGUCGAGGAGCUCAGGUGCUGCCCCGGCGCCGGCGCCGGCGCCGGCAGGAUCAGCAGCUACUCGACGACGGCGGCGGCGGCGGCGAGGGUGCGUAGCAGCGCGGCGUCGGCGGCUGCGCUGGGUGGCGGUCAUCGUGGUGGGAUGCGCGGCCGCCGCGCCGCGCCGGCCGGGAGGGACCAGAGCUCCUUCUACGCGGAGGCCAUCGCCGACUGCCUCGAGUUCAUCAAGAGUAGGGCAUCCUACAUGCCUGUCAAAAAUAAUUAA